AUGGAUUUGCCAAUGGAGAUCCUUUCUUAAUAGUAGGAACUAUUUUAAAUAUUGUUGGGAAAGUCUCGAACAAAAAGAUUGAUUAAUCAAUGUUAAAGGUAAAAUCAUAACUUUUAGCUCUUAGGUUGAUUCUAACCAAAUUAGUAAAUUAACAAAGGAAUUAAUUUAAACUUGGUUUUUAGAUGAAGUUUAUUAACCAUUUCCAUCCCUUAUUAAAAAGUAUUAACUUUCUCACUACAAUCAUGCUUCAACAAUUAAUUUUAGUUAAGAUCUAUUUUUGUGAUUUGAGAAUAAUAUUUUAUAGUUAUAUUUAUCAUUAAAUUCUAGAAAAAAUGUAAAAAAUUUUUGAGGUAGAGCGCCGCAAGUGGAAUUUGAUAAGUUAUUCACCUUAAGUGUUUUUUGGUGUUCUGUUUUAGCUCCUAAGUCAAGUUGAACUUCUAGAUUAUCUAAAUUUUUCAACGAUUGAUUUUUAAUUUUAAUGA